CCGGUUUUUUUAUCAUGCUCUAUAAACCGGAGAUCCUCAGCCUCCCAAGGCAGCGACAACAGUGAUUUCCUUCCCAGAAAGAUUCUUGGUUUCCUCCCCCCCCCCCGGGAUUACUUGUGCAAUAGACUGCUUUUUACGUUUGAAUGGCUUUUGGUGGAAGAGGGCUUUAAUUCUUGUCUGGAAUCCUAUUGCAUGAUCUCAGUUGCCUGAUGAAAGCAAUCGACUUAUUGGUCUCCUGCCUACACGCUCCUUCUUCUUUGCAACGUCGAAAAAGUGACACUUACCACCUGGCGGUAGUGACGAAGCCCCGAAAAGAGCCAUGGAAGUGAAUGCCACCUCUGGAGGUGCCAAGGUUCACCCGCUGAACUAUCACCAGAACCUGGAAAAUAAGGAUGAAGAGAGAGCUCAGCAGCACGAAGGCGACGAGGAGGGAAAGAAAGGGGAAGAAAUGGCCAAGAAAACCUGGGGUGAUUUAGCCAAGGAGCUGAAAAUCUUCCUUUGGAAUCCAGAGACAAGGCAGUGCAUGGGCAGGACGGCUCAGAGCUGGGGCCUGAUACUAUUAUUUUACCUCGUUUUGUACAUUUUCCUGGCUGGCAUGUUUGUAUUUUGUAUGUAUAUAAUGUUGCUGACCCUGAGCCCCUACACACCGACGUACAGGGACAGAGUGGCUCCACCAGGACUUAUGAUUAGACCAUACAUUAGACACACUUUCAGCAUUGCCUUCAACAUCACAGAGCCCAGUUCCUGGAUACCUUAUGUCGACAACAUGAAUGAGUUGUUACAAGCUUACAAUGACAAAGUUCAAGAAUCCAGCAAUGUUCCAUGCAACGCAGGCCAGUAUUAUAUUCAAGAGGGUGAAGAAAGUGGCAUAAAAAAAGCUUGCCAAUUCAAGCGAUCCACGUUAAAGGCUUGCUCCGGGAUAGACGAUAAAACAUUUGGCUAUUCUUCAGGACAACCUUGCAUCUUGCUAAAGAUGAACCGAAUUAUAGGUUACCGGCCUGGGUAUGGGACUCCAGUGACUGUGAGCUGCAAAGUGCAGAAAGGUGAUGCAACAGCUCUCCACACAGUGGAUUUCUAUCCAACCUCAACAUUUGAUCCCAUGUACUUCCCUUACUAUGGAAAGCACACGCACGUCAACUAUACCCAACCGCUGGUGGCUGUACAUUUUUUGAAUGUGAUAAAGAACCAAGCCAUACCCAUUCAGUGCCAACUGAACGGCAAGGGCAUCAUCAAUGACUACAACAAUGACCGGUUUCUGGGGCGAAUUGUUUUCAUGCUGAACAUAGGAGAAUAGUCCAGAGAAACAUUUGCUAUCACUCCUCCUAGGGCACGCAAAUCUUUUUCACCAUGGGAGGGAGAAAAGGGCCAUUCACAUCACACACCAGGAAAAUUUAAACCUGUUUUGGGGUACUAUGUUGGUCAAACAAAAAGAAAGGAAGGUAGCUCAGAUAGAAAUAUAGACAUAUGUGACUGCAUCAGCAAAACGUAAAAUGUUUUAAAAUGUUCAUCCUACAAGCUAACCACCACACAAGUCAUGUAAGGUAACUUUCUUCUUCUUUUUUAAGUGUAAACACACAAGGUAUUUCUAUUAGAUUUUUCACUGGCGCAUCAACAAGAAUGGCAUUUGGUAGCAAGCUGGCAGUUUCGGCCACUGAAUCCAAGGUCAGGAGGAACCAUUUAUAUUUUUUCUCCACCCACCCCCGGCAGAUGGGAACCAGCUGCUCAUCAACAAACAGCCCAACGUAAUGUGUUGUGUAUACACUUGGGAAAAGGAUGGCGAUGCCAUAAAAGCUAGGAAAUCUCUCUGCAAUGUUAUUGUCUUUGAGAUUAUUUUAAAAGCACCUGACCCAAGACUCGCUGCUCUAAAAAAUGUUCCACGCCCACACCUUGUCAGGGCAGGCAGUUCACAGAGACACCACUUCAGAAGUUAUGAAGCCCUUGCUAGCCAUAAACAUCGACAUCAAUGACAUUAACAAGGCCAUUGGUUUAUCUGUUGAGACCCACCGGCUUUGAUCUCGAAGAGUGCAAAUAUGACAUGCUGGUUCCCUAUUGCUUUCCAAGCUCCAUUUCAAAGUGGUGGCAAUGACCUCUAAACAGACCUGGCCCCACCAGUUCCAAGAGAUCAUUUCCACCUCCAAUGUUUCCCUAAAGAGGGAGUGUUCUCUUUUCGGUUACCACCUAUGUACACGGUGUGCACAGGGAUGUAUACAUAGAGAGGCAUUCUCUCCGUCUGCCCCCACCCUGGUGGCCGUUUUGUAGCCCAUGCCAGGAUACCUUCUGGAAAUGUUGCAAUUUUUAUUCACGUUGGCAGUGGGCAGCCAGGGCGAGGGCAAGACAGAAGUUUAAUCAGUGUAACUGGGAGUUUUGUUAUGAAUGUAUUUUCACUUGACCCCAUGCUCUUUGGACAGGGUGGAUGAUAAAUCAAAAUGAAUUAGUAAAAAAUCUUCACAAUGUG